AUGGCAGAAACAGUCGAGGGAGAAGGAGCCGAGGAGGGCGAGAGGGAUGAAGGUGGGCAUGCUCUGGCGGACAGCUCAGAGUCGAGGCAACAAGAUGUUAUAAAUGAGACCAGCAUGGUUUUUAUUGAAGACUUAGAUCACAGUAUCCAGUCGAAGUCCGGAUCGUCAUUUUAUGCUUCGGCAGAUGAAGCUACUGAAGUCGUCAGCAGAUUUGAUGAAAUAAAGGACGAGGAAAAAGACAAGGCUCUGGAGCUUUCAGAUGUACCAGAAGAUGCAUCAUCUACCGCUACAGCUGAUACAUUUCCAUCUGCAGACUUGGAUUUUUCUCUUCUGUCUGACAAAGAUAAGGUGGAAGAUGAUCCAGCCUGGGAUGGCUCCUCUAGUCACAGGAGUCAAACUGAAGCACCCGUCUCUUCCGGUGCCCCACUAGCUGUACCUGAAGAAUCUCCUCGUAGUUCAGCUGUUGAGACCACAGAGAGUGUAACCUCUAGACUUGAUAUUCUAUUAAAGUCUGGGUCGGAUACCUCGCAGGAUACUCCAGCCGCUGAGGAGGAACAACUAGAAGCCAGCAAUAUCACAGAAGUCCUUACCGUAUGCCAGAAUUCUCCAAGUACAGUCAGUAAAGAGAACAUUCGUAUUUUGGUUAGUCUUCUACGCAAGAGAGUUCCAGAGCUACAUUCCACGGUGUUAAAUUGUGUACUGCGUGUUGCUGCUUUCACCCAGAAUGUAAAACCAUUGCGAGAUAGUGGGUGUUUAGAGGUAGUGGCUGACCAGGUGCAAGAAGCCUGCCGAACUGUCACCGGUGAAGGAGGAGCCGAGCUGUUGAACUCCCUGUGCCAGGUUCUGACAAACCUGACUUUAGACCCCAAGUGUCAGGCAGAUUUAGAGGAAACUGUUCCAGCACUGAUUGACCUGCUUCUCAGUUCAGAUAGUGAGCCCAUAAAAUUGUCUGCACUUCGGCCGCUGAUCAACUUCUCAUCGCAGUCCACUUUCCACAACCGCUACAUAAAUGCUGUACAGAGUUUAUAUGAUCUUCUAGACACAGGCUCGCACAUUGCCAGAGUCCAGAGUCUAAAGAUCUUGGUUAACUUGUCUUUGAAUGAGACCAUGAUGCCACACUUGCUGGCAUCUAAGGCUCCUAGGAAUCUCUUGGAGCUGCUAGACAUGCCAACACCCACAGACCUCACACUGCGGACUCUGACCAUGCUUGCUAAUCUUGAGGUGGCUUUAAACAACAGCAGUGAACUUCUUGCCUCUAUCCCUGAGGAGGCAAAGACCGCAUCCGCCGAGACUGUGUAUAAGUUGUUGCACGGUGCAGACCGCCUGUCUUUUCUGCGCAGCAAGGUCCUCCGUUUGACAAGACACAACAACGAAGAUGUUGCACAUCAGGCAUCCAAGCUUCUCCAGUACAUCCAGGAAAAAUCUGCUAGUGUCAAAUAG